AUGUUUUCCACAGUGCUUGAACUCACAGCGACAUUUGGAUUUCUUCGUCUCGCACAAUGCGUGCCAGAGACAUCAUGUUACUGGCCCGACCACUCUCCGGCGUACAACCAAACUCCGUGCAAUGCUCAGGCAUCGGUUAGUUGGUGCUGCUACUUCACUGACAUAUGCUUGAGCAAUGGGAUGUGCUUGCAGCAAAGCAAUGUCUACACGAACAGGCUAGGGCGAGGAAGCUGCACUGAUAGUACCUGGAGUUCUCCGGCUUGUCCGCAAUAUUGCGCAGACGUCGCGCCAGGUAGUUCAACGGGCAUCUAUUUAGCCUACGACACCCUCAACGGCGCCUUUUGUUGUGGGAGAAACUACAACCAAACCACAGGCCAAUGCAUGACCGGGACGCAAGGCUCGAAAGCGCCCUUCAAUAUCUCACCUGGUGAAGUGAUAUACAACAGGGCGAACGGGGCGCUAUUAACGCCAAACCCGACGGAGACGUCGGCGCCUUCUGCAGCGUUCGUUCUGCAGAACUCUACUGCAACCGUCACCGCAUCAGCAACGUCAUGCACCACGGCGUCGGCCGGGAGCUCCAGCGUUGCAACGAUAGCAGCUGCGAUCUCUGUACCACUUGGUGUCUUGCUACUCGCAGCACUGGCAGCAGUAGCCUUGCUCCUUGGCCAGAACAGGAAGUUACGAAGAGGGCGGUCGCAGCAGGCUGUUGAUCACGCCACACCCAACAUGACUGCGCACACGCCUUCCACCCUGGUAUCGCCGUACGAGUACAAGCAACAAUCGCAGCCUUCGAACGUGGUGCAGCCGUAUCAAUACAAGCAGCCACCACAUUGGAGUCAGCAGGUGCCCAUAAAUGAGGCGCCGACGGAGAGGGAGAGGGUUGAAAUGAACGACGGCGUGCGCGAGGCUCCAUAUGGCAAAUGA